AUGGAUACGAAGAUACUAUUUGGUGGGAAAGUUGUUGUUCUUGGUGGUGAUUUCAGGCAAACUCUUCCAGUUGUUCGUAGUGGAAAAAAAGAUGAAUUCAUACAAGAAAGCUUGCUAUGUUCUGACAUUUGGAAUCAACUCGAAAAAUUGCGAUUAUCAGUAAAUAUGCGAGCGAGAACAGAUCCUGCUUUUUGUGAAUAUUUGAUGAAAAAAGGGAGCGAAAAAGAAAAAACAAAUUGGCAAGGUUUUUAUGCAUCUCCUUGUAAUAUGUCUUCUACAUCUUCUCGUGUUAUUAUGACAACAACAAAUAACUUUGUUGAUGAAAUAAAUGAUAUGCUCAUAACUCAAUUAUUGGGUGAUUCUACGACAUAUGUUGCAUUUGAUGAAACUACUAAAACAAAUGAUCAAAGUCAAUAUGAAGAUUUUUUGCAUAGCUUACACCCUGCUGGUUUACCCCCCAUAUAA